CACGAGUUUGUAGUGAUGCACGCGCGACCUUUCUUAAAGUCUAGUGACUUCGACACACACAGGAGAGACAAUUUUGGAUAAAAGACAGCCGUUAUUGCAGGUUCUGUUUCUCAUGUCAUAACGGCAGAAGAUGUUGACGUUCGAGGCGCUUCUCGUGAAAGAGCUGCAAAAACAGCAGAGCAGGGCAGAGUUCUGUGAUACUGUGCUGCAGACUCAAGGUGUUUCAGUGCCAGUGCACAGCUGUGUGUUGUCUGCCUUCAGCCCAAAGCUCUGUGGAACUCUGUCAGCCAUGCCAUCACCUCUAAAUGGACAGAGACGACUGAUUGAAGUCCAAGCCGUAGAGGCCUGCACGUUGCUCAGUCUGGUCAGUCUGCUGUACUCAGGUCAGUUCAAGGAGGACAAAGAGGAAGUCCUAUUAGCAGCCUGCAAACUAGGCAUCAACAUACCUCAACGAGAAGCAAAGAGGUUGGCAACUGAGAAAAACACACAGACGGAGUGGAUCAAAGCGGUGUCGGAGAGAGAGUGCCAGACCGAGUCUGUUCCGACACUCCCCUCUGAAUAUCGAAACCAUAUAGAAACAAUUGCAACUGUAAUUGGUCCGUCGUCAUGUAGGAGUGAUCAGGGCCUCUGCACGUAUACCGAUGGCUCUGAUAUCACCCUAGCAACACUUAAAAACGGCCAGGGUAAUCCAGAGAACAUUCCUUCCUUUCAAGUCAUGGAUGUGGUCCCUGAAACCCCUAUGUAUCCCACAGUGAGUGGACCUGCCUGUUUGCCCCAGGUCUACGUAUGUCCCCCUGCAGCUUCGUACCAGCAGCCUCCAACCCCACUGCCAACUCACCCUCACCCUUCUCAUAGUACAUGUGUUGAGCAAUUGGCUAAUCAGGACAGAGUAACAUUGGGGAGCGUUUUAGAGGGCGAUGAGUGUGUUUUAGAAGCGUUUGCACAGUUUGAGAACAAUAUCCCAGGUUUUAUCAACUACUUCCUUGACACUAACAUCUCGCAGGGCGUAGGGCAAAGGGAGCAGAGUCAGAGAGGGAUGAGAGGGGACAUUAAAACUGAGGGAAGGGCAAGAAGGGGGCGAAAGGCGGGGUUAAGCGAAGGAUUCGCUCUGAAGGGAGAAGUAUUGAAUAUUUGUAAAAGAGAGCAAAAUAUGAAUAGGUUCGGAAGGGUGCCAAGGUCCGCCUGGAUGGGGCAAGGUGGGGGUAGGGUUGGCAGGAGGCUAGAUUUGAGACAAAUGUUCAAAAAUCAAGAGAGGAGGAGACGACAAGGCAGAGGAGUGAUAAAAGAGGAAGGAGAGAAAGGCAAGUCUUCAUCAAGGGCCAGACAGAGAAAGACAGGGAGCAGAGGCAGAUUGGUAGAACCAGUGUGUCAGGAUGCCGCUCCGCCCCCAAGACGAAGAGGUCGCCCUCGCAAACAUCCCUUGCCCCAACAAAAUGUUUCCCGAAAUUUUAGUGGAACAUCAGCACCUGAGCAGAAGACCAUGAACCCUCCAGCUCCAUCCCUGAUGCACACCGCACCUCUCCUAGCCGUCAAUCAGACCGGCCUCACUCAGCCAAUGGACUGGCUGAUAGAUGACGUCAUUGCACAGCUCCCUUUCAUGCCCAACAAUCAGCACGGAAUAACAAAUCCUGUCAAUGUAGAUUCCAACGUGGAUCAUCCAAGAGCGCAGUCUACGGUUAAGCUCACAGAUCUUGGUUUAGUCCAACCACAGUCUGAAGGUGAGCUGACUGACAUACUUGACAGUUUUCUGAGAACGUUUGAGCAACACGUUGGUGUAAGUGAAUCAGAUGUUCGAGAUGGGAUGGUGUCCAACGGAACAGAUGGUAGCCAGACCUGUGAACAUACAAACACAUCAAAUGCACAUGCUACUUCUAUGAACACAACAACUCAGGGGGCAAAUGCCUCAUUAUACAAGAACAGACCACAAGUCUCAUUUGUUCAUAAACCGCAGAAACCAUCAGGUUAUUGGCAGGUGUCAGAUUUGACAAUGGAGAAAUCACUAACACAGCAAGGUGAAGAGAAGCCUGAAAAUGUCAGGAUGACCAGAAGCCAGAGUAGGAAGAGGAAGCUGGAAAUUAUUGAAGAACUGCCUAGGAGAAACGAGCUCCCCGCAAAACCGAAGAGAGAAAGGAAAAAAGAACGACUAGAGAAGCCAAAGGUGGAAGCUUCUCUACCGAGGGACGGUGAGCAAAAAGGCACCAGCAGCACAGUUGGCUCAAGCUGCAGUGUUGCGAGCGCAUUGAAGAGAGUCAUAAACACAGCCAGUGCUCGCAAUGUGAAAUGUACCACAAAAACAACGUCUCAGAAGACUUUAGAUGGGUCAAAAACCUCAGAGUUGCAUGAUCGCAAAGUGACCAGUCUUGUAAAAAAGAAACAAGUGGGUCAUGCUAAAAGAGACGCGACCAAAACUCUUCUAGAAGGAAGAACGUUAAAGGUGCAGUGCAGUACAGGGACUUCACAACCCAAACGGCCAGUCAUAAAGAAAAAAACCACUGGGUCCCGUCCAGCUCUGUCUGCUUUUGAAUUAAUGAAAAAGAUCUUGGAAAAUCAGCAGAACAGAGAGGAAGAGCAAAAGGGAGAAGUUCACAGAACUGUGAGGAAACCGAAAGGAAAGGGGAGGCUGAAAAACACGCAAGUACAUGGAGCUGAGGUACAAAUGACGAACAACACAGAGAUGGAUGGUACAAUUAUGGUCGAAGAGCACAAUAAUAGCAGAAUGAACCAAAAAGAUGAGGAAACAAAAGGGAGAAUGGAGGAGGUUGGCAACCAGAUGACCAUGUGCCUUCAGCAGACUCUGCCUUCAGCUAAAGAUUGCAGAAUGUCAAAUGGAGAGAAACCGAUGGAGAACAGCUACAACAAAGCAAGACUUGAGACUGCUGCCUCUCCCAAUGAUGCUCCUUUUCAAAGAUGCAGCACAGAAGGCGUCAUGUUUAAAAACAGGUCAGACAUGCCUUUUGUCUCGCAUGCACUGGAUCCCACCGUGCCUCUUGAGAAACUCCGAAAUACACAAGGGGCCACAGACAGUUUAGAGGAGGAUGAGGAUGUUGAUGUCGUGGAGGUCUCUAGUUCCUUGUCCGAGUCCUUCUCUGUGCUGCCGGUCUCUGCGGACAUUGUUCUCAGCACAGAGGAGGAGGAGGACGAUGACGAAGACUACGAGAUUGAUGUGAUAAGUUUAGGAUCCAAUUAAACAUGGACAAAUUUCCUUUACUGUUUAAUACCGUUUAGCUUUAGUACUAAAUAAAUGUCCAUCGAUGCAUAUUUGUAGUACAUGGUACCUUUUCCCUGUAAAUAAUUCAAUACAGAGUUUACACAAAUGUGACCGUUGGCAGUAUUUGCUAUUUUGACUUUGGUGGCUUCAGUUUCAGGCAUCAGAAAUUUUUAUAGUUUUAAGUUCUGAAUGUUAAAGUUGUUUAUUUGUGUGACAACCAUGCCUUCUUAUAAAUAAUGAGACUGCUAUUAAUGUCCGCAGAGUUUUCUUGUCGUUUCCCAUGUUCUGAAUAAAAAGACAUGGAUCAGA